UCAUCACGCCAAGGAAGCCGUCCGAUAGGCAAGAGUAGCCGAGCCGGCCGAGUGCGUCGAUCGGGCUGUGCGCCGCCAUGUCGCUGCUGCUGCCGCAGGGCCGGUGCGGGGCCGCCGCUGCCCGGGGGCUGCUGGUGCCGCGGGGCCGGGCCCGGGUGUCAGGAAGCCAUGUGUGUAACCAGUAUGGAACAUCAGGUUCCUUACCAGGGGAAAAAAAAGAGUUCCUGCAAAAUGGACCGGACUUACAGGACUUUGUCUCUGGAGAUCUGUCAGACAAGAGCAGAUGGGCUGACUAUAAAGGCAAUUUAAAGCGUGAGAAAGGAGAAAGGCUGCAUCUUCCUCCAUGGCUGAAAACAAAGAUUCCCAUGGGAAAGAACUAUAAUAAAUUAAAGAAUACCUUGAGAAGUUUAAAUCUUCAUACGGUAUGUGAAGAAGCGCGUUGUCCCAACAUUGGAGAAUGCUGGGGAGGUGGAGAAUAUGCCACAGCGACAGCUACUAUUAUGCUGAUGGGUGACACGUGCACCAGAGGCUGCAGAUUUUGUUCAGUAAAGACCGCCAAGAACCCCCCUCCGCUGGAUCCGCAGGAGCCUUACAACACAGCCAGGGCUAUCGCGGAGUGGGGCUUGGACUACGUGGUGCUGACGUCCGUGGACAGAGAUGAUAUGCCUGAUGGUGGAGCAGAACACUUUGCAAAGACAGUCCGGCAUCUGAAAGAAAGGAAUCCAAAAAUCCUGGUGGAAUGCCUAACUCCCGAUUUUCGAGGUGACCUUAAAGCAGUGGAGAAAGUCGCCUCGUCGGGGCUGGAUGUGUAUGCCCACAAUGUAGAGACGGUGCCGGCACUGCAGAGUAAGGUCCGCGACCCCCGAGCCAACUUUGAGCAGUCCGUCCGUGUGCUGAAACACGCUAAAGAGGUCCAGCCCGGCGUCAUUUCCAAAACCUCCAUCAUGCUGGGGUUAGGCGAGACGGACGAACAAGUAUACUCCACAAUGAAAUUAUUGCGGGAAGCAGAUGUGGAUUGUUUGACCCUAGGACAGUAUAUGCAACCAACAAAACGUCACCUAAAGGUGGAAGAGUACAUAACUCCUGAGAAGUUUAAGUACUGGGAAAAAGUAGGAAAUGAUCUUGGAUUCCAUUACACUGCUAGUGGGCCUUUAGUGCGUUCUUCCUAUAAAGCAGGUGAAUUCUUCUUGAAGAACUUGGUAGAAAAAAGAAAGACAAAAGCCAUCUGAAAAUGAGAAUUGAACCUAUUAAAAGCAGCCAGCUUUAAGAAUCCUUUUUUCAGUGCAUAAUUAUACUCAGUUCCAGAAAUGCAGAACAGAUGGUGGCUAUAUGAAUAAACUUACUAUCUUUCCAGAACAAUUUUUUUCUCAUCAAAACACAUUAUUUUACCUCAUUUCUCCUGGCUACAGCAACAGAAUACUUGAGUGUUCAGCAAAAAAACAGAAGAUAGAACCGACUUUGAAAGAGUGGUGGAACUGAGGUGGAAGAAACAAACAUAAGCUGGGAACAAAGACUGGGCAGAUUUAUAGGUCUGCUGCAGCAGUCAGCAUUGCUGCAUUAAUACCUGUGAAGGUGCUGAUAGUAAUUGGAAAGGUACUGAUACUUUGGUGUAUCUUAAUAUUGUGGAACAUAAGCUUGCAGAGGCUCUGGGAACCAUAGGAGUUCUAAAGAAAAGACUGUAUGUGAUAAUGCACCAGAUUAGGGAUUUCUUGAUCUGUGCCAGAGGAGGUUCAGUGAUAUUCCUUCAAAAGAUGGUGUCUCUGAGCUGUACCAUUCUGAUAGCUAAAGCUUUUCCAGAGCUUGCAGUGUCAGCCUUGGUAUAUACAAGGUAUCAAGCAAAAGAAAACAAAAUGACAUUUCUGGCACGUCAAUUAACCUUGUGUAGAUACCAUUAAUUUAAAUAAUAAAAAUUAAUUAAUAAUUCAUUUGGAAAAUCAGAGUUGGUGUAGGAGCAUAAAUGGAGCUACCCCUAAUUGAUGUACAUGAUUGUAACAAACCCCACUGAGCUGCACAGAUGCUUCUUUUGUAUUGAGUAUGCAGAACUGCAGUUCUGUACAGUGCUCCUAUUGCAUGGCUAUUGUCUUGUCAUUAAAGGAAAGUUAAAACCCAGUGGUUGUGUUUGGUGGGUCUGGUUACUUGCCCCUUGAGGCUUGGUCUGGCUGCUCAAUCUAAGUGCAGAGAACUGAACCAAAUUGUGGGUAAAACAUGAAAUCCACUGUAUAGCACACUAAGCUCAAGCAGAAAUAAAAACAUGGCAUAUGCUACAUUAACAGCUCUACUUGCCUGUCUUUACAGCAGUAAUAUCAGUGAUUCUCUCCCUAAUACUCAGCUGUGGACAUUAAAUACCAUCUCUGAACUAA